CACGCUUGCAUACAGGCCCUCGUGCUCCCAAAUCACUGCGCCCAAUGGUUGCCGGACGCUGUCGUGGCUUUGAGGAUUUGCCUCUUGAUGUGUCUCUCCGCUGCGUAGCGGUGCUGCCUAUCUCAGAUGCUCCCCAGUUUCGAAGAGUGUGCCGCAAACUGAGCGUCCUUUGUGGUCCAGAGUUCUCCCGCACGCGUGCACGCCUGGGCGUCCGUGAGCUGCGGUUGGUGGGUGCUGUGGCAUCAGAUCCCCGGAAGAAGCGAGGCCGAGCCCUGUGCAAUGAGGCAGCGCGAGUGACCAUGGAACUGCAGCCCGAUGCGACAUCCGCGGCGAAGGAUCUCUUGAGAAUCAAGGGCUCAGAGCUGGAAGCGGUGAUACAGGACGUCGACAGAGCAGCUUCUCUUUUAGAAUCUUCAGUCCCAGCUGAGGGAGCAGAGCUACAGACGACAGACAACCAGGAUGAUGCCACGCAGAGCACGCUGCACGUUUGGGACAGCAGUGGUACAAUGCGGGAGGUGGAAGUCUACGCGGUCGUUGAUGGGCAGCUUUUCUUGAUUGGCCCGGCGGAGUUGAGACAUUUGCGUUGGAUGAUGCACAUGGCUGAUAAGGAGGAACAGUUCGGCUCUCUCCAGAAUGCCCGUUUGUAUAUUUCGGAUGUCAAUGCGGAGAUCCAAACCAACUCGGGCUCGGGCACCAAGGACACCAGCGUUCUUCAAAAGUCGAACGACAAUGCAUUCAUGGUACAUCCAGACCUGAUGAACUCUAAAUCGCCGAAGACUUCAGCAUUAGACCAAGGCAUACGAGGUCAGUUGCUCUUCUGUGCCCUUGAGCUAUGAGCUUUCGUUUCAAUCUAUUUAAUGUGAGCUUUGGUUUGCACGAUGCUCAAAAGCUAGCUGUGCUGCAAGUCGAUCUCAUAGCAGGAGCCCCUGUCAGCCAACCCUUUGAGUGUGUUU